AUAUUACCCGAUCUAUUUUCAUUUACAAAAUAGCUUCUGAAAGCAUGAAUAUUCAUGCCCGAACUCGCGGUCGCAUCUCUCUUUGAUCUCUUGUUGGACGUCGCCAUGUUUGAAGAGAAAUACCGCUGUACACAAUUAGGCUCACACUACCCAUAAUCCAUAUCGAUGCGAAUCCAAGAUGGCGGUCGUAAACAAAACAACACGCGACUUGAGUUAUUUGGACGAGAAUGCAAUUGAACGAAGAAAAGUAUUGCUAAAAAGACCCUGCUAAAUAAGAAAAUGAUACAACAACAUACUAACUAGCUGUGAGGGACUGAAAUGAUAAUGACGUCAUGGUUCAUUGCCGUCAAAAUGGAUCGAUAAAAAAUAUCGAUUAGAAGUUUCCAUAGAAACAUUUGAUGGUGGACGACCAAGUCCAACCAAAAUGGCGGUCGUGCAAGGCAGCCAACAUUUUGAGAAUUUCGACAGUUUUGUUGCCAAACCUAACGGUGGACCUGUACCAAAUCAUUUGCUUGAGACAAAAAUCUACUCAAAAGUAUCUCAUAAUGACGUCCUUCAAACGAAGCCGGAAGUCGUCCACUUCGCUGGAUUCGAGGUUGGGAAAAAACACAAACAAACCUUGAGAAUCGCAAACAUUUCUUCAGAGACUCAAAGAAUGCAUAUAAUCCCACCUUCCACAAAACAUUUUUAUAUAAAAUACAAUAAAAAGGAGCGAUUUGUGCCUGGUUUGUUUAUAGAAGUGAUUAUAGAGUUCACCCCUGAUGAGUGGAGGUAUUACUAUGACUGCAUUCGUAUUCAUUCAAGGGGUGAAGAAAAUCUCCUGGUGCCCAUCCACGCAUACCCUGUUAUGAGUUCUGAGGCAUUCCCAAAGGAGGUGCACUUUGCUCCUGUGCCACUUGGAGAAAGCAAAACUAAAAUGAUUCCCUUGAGAUGUGAGGCACCUGUUGACUUUGAGUUCCAGCUGACUGUCCUUCAGCCCAACCCUGCAUUCCGUGUCAGUCCUUUGACAGGUGUUAUACCAGGUGGAGAAAUGGUAAAGAUCCAAGUUACGUUCACCCCAAUAGAUUAUUCAACUGCUAUAAUGAAACUCCAGCUAUUGAUAUCCCAAUUCAACGCUGAGCCUCUGGUGUGUACCUUCACUGGAACAUCUGAGCCAGGGCUUGCAAAAAGGUUAAAGGAGAAGUCACAGCCUGACAUUUUUCCUGACAAACCUCGAAAUGGUAUUCUUGACCCUGUUAUGAUUGACCCUUUGGGUAGAACAAGAAUGAAAAAACUGAAAACAAAGCCCAGUGGAGAUGGGAAGGCCCAGGAGAUUGUUCGUGAUGGUUAUAGAUUUCCAACCACUGGUCUGAGCAAUCCGGCAGCUAUCGCUGCUGUUCUUAGCCAGCAACAGGGCAAACUGAAAGCUAAAGAUGUCAGGCAAGCUGUCCAGUCUAGAAAAGAUUUCACAGGUUCAACCAAGCAAAUGAAGGAAACUAUGUUUGAGUACCAAGUUUAUCAGAAUAUACAGGAAGAAAGGCAGAACCAACUCAGAUGGUGUGUUCGGCUUGGAGAAAACACUCUUGCAGAACCUUCAAAAAGACAAAUCUUAGCACAAAGGACAAAAGCAGAGAAGGAAUACAAGCUGAAUCGAGGAGAUCCUGUCCCUAGGAGGGAAUUCAACAGGUCAUCCACUGGCUGCCAACUGCGGAGAGUUCACAGACAGGCUUGUGAUGUCCCUGAUCAUCAGCCAAAAUUUGAUGUUCUUGUUAACGAUGAGUGGAGCAAACGCCACAUGGUGCUGAACAAAUUUAUCCAGGCUGGUCGCAAAGUGAUUAUUAGAUCACGAGCGAACAAGAAUCUGCACAGCUUGUCGGGGUUCCUUUCUGGAUGGAGGAAAGGGAAAUUCACUAGGGACCAAACAAGAAGUCAAAUGGCUGAGAGUGUGGAGGAAAGGGUGCUUGACACUAUCCCAGGAAAUAUUCAGCCCACUUCCAUUCACCCAUUCUCAUUCCCAUUGUACAAGUCACCUGACAUUAAAGAUGACCUGGAAGUGGAUGCUCUAGGUACACUCUCUGUCCAACCAACUGCUGUGAAAGUCAAGACCCACAUUCCAUACCUCACUCUAAAGGUCCCUCAGCAGUAUCAUCUACUGGGCUACAAGCCUCACUCUGUUGCUCGAGCCUCAACUGGAUAUGUUCCUCCUAAGCUGAAUAGACCACUGCGAGUUGGUGCCCAGGACGAACUCGUCAACCUUACUGGCACCCUACCAGCCCAAACUACAUGUAGUCCGAGCCCUGGCCCAGAUAUGGACGACGAAGAAGGUGUUGUGGAGGAAGUAGCAUCUAGUCCACCACCACCAAGACCUGCUACCAUCGGCACCUUCCCAUUAGACACGGCCCAGACAGAACCUGAGGUCACGCCUCUUGUUGUACCAGCUGCCAUGUUCAGACCUGUUACCUACCACCCCAUGCAUAUAUUUAACCCAUCUCCUGGGCUCCAAGUGUUCCAGCAGCCUCUACCCUAUGGCGAGACUGACGAAGACUACCACCUCUGCCCACUGCCUAGGCACAGGCAACCCAGCCGAGGGAGUGGCAAGCCUGGCCGGCACUACCUAGAGAGACAGGACGUUAUACCAGGUGUCAUGACGUGGAAGCGCUUCCCAAGCCAGUCCUUGGUCUCUCUUGCCAACAACCCCACGCUAUCCAGUGUCUGGCUGCCAAGAUGGACUGACCCGUUUAGUGAAGAUCUGCUGCCGACUGAUGUGCCUCCACUACUGGACUUCCUGCCUGAGGAGGAUGAACUGAGCGACGAUGAAGUCGACGAGGGAGAGAGUGAACAUAAAGAAGUACCAGUCCCAACUCCAGAGAUGGUAAAUGCCCAGUUUGCCUCGGCUGAAAGCGUGCUCUCCGACUUGCGAUCCCAGCAGCCAUCGGCGUCGCAACUCAGCGAGUCGAUGGUGGGGAGUAUUGGGAAGCAGGCAUCUGGCGGGAACACUGUCGUGAGCACGGCCCUCGUUUCCAGGGGUCAUCGUGAGAAGGAGUUAAACGAUUUCAUGCGCCAGCGGCAGAAUCGUCUCGGAUCGCGCAUCAAUCAGCGAGUUGAUUCCAUCCAAGACUUGAUGAGCUCACAGGAUUACGUACUCAAAUAAGAGACAUGAUAGAAAAUAUAAUCGUUGUACAAAGUGUUAAAUAGUGGUACGAUGCUCUUUGAUCAGUGGGCGUGUAUCUUAUCUUUAGUGUAGGGAGAAUAUCCGUGCUUCUUUGUUCUUUAGAAGACGGCUCAAAUAUGUAAUUUAAUCACAGUUUGUGAUAAAAAUUGAAAAGGAGUUUGCUGUAUUACCUUACGGUUGUACGCAUUUGUUGGAAUUAAAACAUCCGUCUGUUUAGAGCA